AACACCAACAGUGGCAGCGUGGGGCUGUGUGAAGGCUGGCAGCGGAGCUAAAGUGUAUAUAUUGUACAACAACAACAAAUGGAAGCAUAUCAGUGAAAUAUGAGUCUGGAAGGAUGUGUUCAUCUUUCUGAAUUUAAAUCAACGAAAGGGACGCAGCCAUUCCGCUUGAUAUACAGUUUCUUCGUGUUUUGCACAAGUAAAGCGGCCCGCCAGCAGAAGGCAAAAUGGUGUUUGUGCUCAGUGUGUGGAGCUCACAGUCCACGGGUACAUGCAUGUCUACACUGUGUUCACUUUGCCUGCUAUCAAAGCCAUAUCCAAGACCAUGCUACCUCCAUGCAACACAACCUUGUUAUGGAUGUGGAACAAGGGCAGAUUUUGUGCAUGGCCUGUGGUGAUUACGUGUAUGAUUCAGAGAUUGGAGAAAUUGCUCAGGCAUGCAGACGAAAAUCUCGCAAAUCCUUAGGUUUACAAACAGAAUAUAGAGCUUGGGAACCUGAUGAUGUGGAAAUGACCCUUCUUCAGGCUCAUCCCAAGAGGCGUCGUCCUACUCCGAAUUCUACUAUAGGUCAGUGCAGUAUAUCUUUAUUGAACAUUGACUCUGAAAUUAUACUGUAG